AUGAAAUUGUUGAAGUACUUUAUUUUCUUCGCUAUAAUAGAAGGGUUUCUGAGUUUCCGUUGCGAUAGAAGGCCGUAUGGGACAACAACUAAACCUUCAGCAGCCGAUGGAAGGUUUAAAUUAACUGUUAUUGGCGCUGAAGACACUUACAUGCCUGAACAGCUGUAUACAGUGCAAAUAUCGGCUACUGACGGCCACUCCAGAUUUACCGGCUUCAUCAUAUCGGCAGACGGAGCUACCAAACCCGAUCCCAGGAACCCAAGACGGACAAUUACACUUUUCCCAGGCCAUCUUCGGCCCCAACAAUUACUUACCGCCAAAUUUAGCGACCGUUGCUUAUACUCCGUGGAGCACGCUAUUGCGUCGCCGAAAACAGUCGUAGAGGUUUAUUGGCAAGCCCCGGAGUCAGGUAACGGUUGCGUGACGCUGCGCGCAAUGGUGGUGGAAAGCGAAGAGGUGUGGUACGAGGACGGCCCGCCCUUGGUUCACCAGCUUUGCGAAGACACGAGGCAGCCGGAUGACGCCACGCCACAGUUCAACUACGACUGCCAGAUCUGCGACGAAGCUAAAUACGAGAUCGGCUUCACCGGCAUCUGGUCUCGGAACACCCACCCGCGUCUCUACCCGGAGAAGGACUGGGAGCCGAGGUACAGCGACCUGGUCGGCGCGUCGCACGCCCUCGACCACAUCCUGUGGAUACCUGGUUCCUUGGCCUCCGAGGGGCUCAGGCAGCUCGCCGAGCACGCGAACACGAGCAGGCUAGAGGCGGAGAUCCGGGCGAAGAUCGGAGACGGAGUCAGGACCAUGGUGAAGGGAAAGGGCCACGGCUACCCGAAGAUGAACAGCCCAACAUACUCUUUCGUGCGCACGGAUAAAACCAACCACUUGGUCAGCGUGGCGGUCGGUCUGCACCCGUCCCCUGAUUGGUUCCUGGGCGUAACCAGGUUCGAACUCUGCCAGGAGGACAACACUUGGCUGCCGGAGAGGGAGCUGAAUUUGUACCCGUGGGACGCUGGAACCGACAGCGGUGUGUCAUAUGAGUCAAUGAACAUCGAGACAUUCCCCCAAGAUGCCAUAUCGCGCGUCCAAAUGAGCUCCUACGACAAGGACUCACCUUUCUACGAGACGGACAUAAAAGACCUCCAUCCAUUCGGACGGCUAAGAAUUAAACUGGUCAGAACUUACAAGAAGGAGUGUGUGAAAGAGGAGGUCACCGAAGAGGCAAAUACUACGGAGGAGGAAGUGACGUCGACGACGGAAGUGACGACGACGGAAACCGAGCCCACGGGGGAGGAGAGCCCGUCGGAGCCCGACGAGCCCUCCAGGUAUCGAUACCCAGAGCUAGGUGGCGGCGAGGAGGGGCGCAGCGAGGCGCCAAUAGUGACGGACCCUGAGUCCCCGGAGGAGUGCCCGAUGUCCCAGUGGCAGGAGUGGAGCGAGUGCGAGGGCGAGUGCACUGGCGGCCGGGUGGUCGGCUACAGGUGGAGGGAGCGCUACCACUUGGUGGACGGGAUCGCCGUCGAGAAGUACGACCCGCAUGCGAAGCAUACGUCUACGAAGGAGGUGCCCAAAUACUGCAAGCUACACUACGACACUUUCGAGAGAGAGGAGUGCGAGGACAAAUGCUCUGAUGAUUACUCUAAUGAAGAUCUUACAGUUGAACGACAAGUGUCGGAACCAAUCGCCCCUGGUUACCCUUGGCAGUCCAAGAAGAGGCACGCUUCGAAAUUU